AUCCGUAAAUACCUAACUCUGCUUCUGCUCGAUUUCUCAAAUUGUCUCUCAAAAAUUUCUCUGAACUCUUCAAUAUCGGAUUCACUACUAUCAGACGAAGAAAGUAGAAAGAAACGAUGUCCGAUAACCUACCGAUCGACGCGUUGAUUUAGAUCCUCUCAAGACUCCCCGUCAAGUCCCUGGUUCGAUUCACUUGCAUAUGCAAACAAUGGUACUCUCUGAUCAUAAACCCUAAUUUUGUAUCCACACACCUCAAAAAGACCCUUUUAAAGUCCAACAACAACAACGAUGAUCAACUAUUACUCGGUAGGCACUACAAUAUGUUUGACGAAACUGAGCUAUUUGCUUUGUAUUUGGACAACGAGUUGUUUGAUAAGCAUGUAGAGCUUGAAUGCCCCUUUAGGAGUGUGAAAGAGUAUUUCAGGGUAGUGGGUUCUUGUGAUGGGUUGAUUUGCUUGUCUGAUGAUUAUGAUACUUUUACGGAUACUAUAAUUAUUUGGAACCCAUCUGUGAGGAGAUCUGUUACCCUUCCGAAACCCCAAUUCCCUUAUACGUCUCAAGGUGCGUGCCUUAUGGGUUUUGGGUGUGAUGCCUUCAAUAAUGAUUACAAGGUGGUGAGGAUUGUGUAUCAAUAUAAUAGCCCUGAUGAUCAUAAUUACAGAGUUCCUCCUAAUGUGGAGGUUUACUCGCUUAGUACGGGGACUUGGAGAAACCUAGGUGUCGCUGCUCCAACGUAUAUUGUCUAUAAUUUCUUUGCCUUGCCGGCUUUUGUCAAUGGGGCUGUCCAUUGGGUGGCAUCUGAUCGGGGAGACAAGGGUAGUUUUCACAAUUUGGUAGCCGCAUUUGAUAUGAAAGAUGAGGUGUUUAGGGAUAUAAUGAUGCCAGAUGGUGUAGCCAAAACUGAGGUGUUGAAAUUGUCUGUUUCCGUAUUGGGUACUUCACUUGCCCUUGUCCAGUAUGAAAAAAUUUGGCAGAGUGAGUAUUGUUGGGUGUGGAUGAUGGAAGAGUAUGGUGUAGCGGAGUCUUGGACUAGACUGUUCACUGUUGAUAUGAGAGAAGGAAUGAGAAAGGUUGUGGGUUUUCAGAGGAACAAUGAAGUUCUACUGUCAGCUAGAGUAAGAGGUCUCAUUUCGUAUGCUCCUAACACCCAACGUACUGUGUAUCUAGGAAUUCACGGCACUAAUCGCUCAUUUUAUGUUGAUAAUUAUGUGGAGAGCUUAGUUUUACUCAAGGGAAAUAGAGCCUUGUAUGCUGCAAAUUCUUGUGAUGAUGGUGAAGGAGAAUCUUGUGUACAUGCAGAGGAGGAUGGAACUGAGAAGCAACAAUAACUGAAAACACUAAUGGAGACAAUGUCUAUUUUGAAGUAUAGAAUGGGCGAAUUAUCAUUCAAGUUCUGCAGCUUGUAUUUGUAAUUUCCAUAUUUGUCUUAGAUGCAAAGAACUUGCUUUGGUUGAUACAAGUGGAUGCCUAAGCCAAAAAUAUUUCUGAAUGCAAACUUGUUGCCUUUGUAAGCAGCUAAGAAAUGACCCUCUUUCUGGGUCAAAUGCAUACAGAAGUGUAAGUUUAGUCACUUUACUUUCUCUUGCUAUAUUUUUGUAUCUUACAUCGGUUUAUGACUUUUUA